CAUUCAUACGACGAACAAUACGAGGGCUUGUUCUGGUCUGUUCCGCCGUCGGUCAAUAUCCACCCGCGGCAACGGAACCAACGGCGGCGAUGCUCCGUCCCGGUGGGCCCCCGCUUCCCCCACCCCUGAUCGAGCGCCAACGUCGUCGCUCGCGUAGCCGCCGGCGGCCCACGCUCUCACGUGACCUUCACGUGUCCCCGCCCCCCUUCAGCCGGCGCCUUUCGCCGACUCUUUUACUUGCACCUCCUCUCUCCCUCCCUCCCUCCGUCAAACCCUAACCCUAACCACCUCGAAUUAAUAAUAACAGAACCAAAGAGAGAGGAAGAGAUAGCAGACGACGGAAGAGAGAGAGAGAGAGAGAGAGAGAGAGAGAGAGAGGAAUUAGCGUCUGGGAACGGGAAGAUGGAGGGAAAAGAGACGUCGGCGCCGGCGAGGUCGCCAAACCCAGCGAUGCCAUACCGGGAAGACUGCUGGAGCGAGGGGGAGACGUCGACGCUGGUGGACGCAUGGGGCGACCACUUUGUCGAGCUCAACCGCGGGAACCUCCGCCAGAAGCACUGGCAGGAAGUCGCCGACGCCGUCAACUCCCGCCGCGGCGCUGGACGCCGGCCGCCUCGCACCGACGUCCAGUGCAAGAACCGGAUCGACACCCUGAAGAAGAAGUACAAGGCCGAAAAGGCUCGGAUCGCUGCCGGCGCCGAGAGCCAGUGGCAAUUCUUCUCCCGCCUCGACGACCUCAUCGGAUCCUCCCCUCCCUCGGCCGCCGCGAAGAAAUCCUCUGCCUCGCGGCCUCUCGCUGUGCCCUUCUCCUUCUACCGCAAGGGGCCCACGGCAGAGCCGAGGGAGAAGAGGUCGGCGGUUGCCGGGAUCCCGGUGGACAACCCCCUUUUCAGACGCGCGGCCGCUGCGGCAGCCGCAGCGGCUGAGACCAACUUGGAGGAGGAGGGAUCGGGGUCACUGUCGAGAUCGUCAUCGAGAUCAAGAAGGGGGUGGAAGAGGGGAAGGGGCGAAGAAGGCAACGGGAUCGGGGAAUUGGCUAGGGCAAUCACGAGGUUUGCGGACAUAUAUGAGAGGGUGGAGGGGGCAAAGCAGCGACAGAUGAUGGAGCUGGAGAAGCAGCGGAUGGAGUUCGCUAAGGCGCUGGAGUUCCAGACGAUGCAGAUCAUUGUGGAGUCGCAGCUGAAGCUUGCAAAGAUCAAGCGUGCCAAGCAAGCGAUCAGAUACUGAAAGUUAUUUGUAGUCUGAUGUCAAUGGAGCGAGAGGAUCACGGCCAUGACGAUAUAUGUUUCUUGGUGCAAAUUAAUCUCCAUCAUGCACCUGAACAUGUACGCUUGUUCAUCAAAAAUGUAAUAUUAGCUGAAUUUUUACUCUUUCGUUUACUGGUUGGUAUCCAGAAGAUGGAUUCAAUUUGCUCCAUCGCAGGCACUGGUAUCUUAAUCUUUUGACUGUUCUAGGCAGCCCCGCUCUUUUGACGGUGCACAAUAUCUGUUUAUGCAAACAAGAUUAUGAAUGCAAUUUUUUAUCAAAUGCAUGUUAAUUCUAAA